ACUCCUUCGCUGCAGACAUGAAGCUCCUCCUGCUGGCGUGUGUUGCAGCGGCAUACGGGAGUCCCCUGAGAGGCAGAUCGAACUCCGCGUCGGUGUAUGACUACUAUGACUUCCUAGACAUCCCGCGGACGCAGCCGGUGGCCCUGUCGAGGGCCGAUGGUCCUACCAGUCGGACAAGCGCCGGCGGCCCGAACCUCCCGUCGCGUUCCGGGAGGAGCCCGUCUACGUGGCCGAAGAGCCGGUCUACGCUGCUCGCCCUCACUUCCAGGAGGACCUUGUGAGCUACAAGGACGACCCGGUUGUGUACCACGAGGAGCCCAUCGCCUACGUGGAGCGGCCGCAGUUCCACGACGAUCUCCCGGAGUAUCACGAAAAACACCCGUCUUUCCAGAACGAGCGUCCGCCAUACCAAGAGCGACCAGUAUACCAAAGUGAGCUGCCGCAAUACCAGGACGAAAGGCCACAGUACCAGGAGGAACGGCCACAGUACCAUGACGAAAGGCCACAGUAUCAGGAGGAGCGUCCUCAGUUCCACGAGGAGCUCGAGCCGUACCACGACGAGCCGCCACAUUACCAAGAGGAGCGCCCGUCCUCGCGGCCGGAGCGCCCCGCCUACGAGGAGCAGCCCCGCGAGAAGGAAUUCCGCCGGCCGCCCGCCAACGACUUCGCGCCCGCCCUCAAGGAGGAGGAGAGCGUGAAAGAGAAGCGGCAGGUUGCGCACGGCGGAGGGCACUUCGACGAGGCCGGAGAAAAGUUUGCUGCCGACGCUGCAGCGGUUGAGAACGCCAAGGGCGCCGGACGCCUGGCCUUCCAGAUCCACGGCCAGCAGGGCCCGCAUUCCUACCGCUUCGGCUAUGACACCGGCAAAGGGAAAAACCGUCAGUUCCGCUACGAGGAGCGGGACGGCUACGGGCAGGUGCACGGGCGCUACGGCUUCUACGACAAGGACGGCAAGCUGCAGGUGGUCAACUACUCCGCCCACCCUGAGCACGGCUUCUCCGCCGACGUCCCCCACCCCUGAGCCAGGGUCCGGGCCGAGCACAAGCUGACCCGCCGUUCUGUGCAAGGUCUGUAUAAGUACAUAUAGACUCUGGUUCCGCGCUCACGGAAGCGCUGGCUCAGAUUGUGCUCCCUCCCCUUUUAGGGCCCUCCCACCCGAUGUUCUGAAGCCAAAAGUGUCUGAGAGUUAGUUACGUAGCCACGACAUCGUGUCUAGUCAGGUGGAGGAGGUGGGUUUGUGUUGACACGAUCCACUCUUCCACUGUUCUGUAAACCAUCUUGCACGGUUAGAAAACACGU